CUGACUGACACCGGGGGUUGUCCGUGAAGACAGGCUGGUUCGAAAGAUUCGAUUAAAUCGUUUUUUUUUUGCCCUUCUCCCUCGAUUUCGCCCUCGUCCCUCCUUCUAUCGCAUCCGGUGUUUUGAAGCCCGUCGAAUGUGCCCGAAACGCUUCUCGCCCUCCGACGUCGAUCCCGAUGAUUGAUGUGCGCCCGGACCAAUCGGAAUGCUCAGAUCCGAGGGCGUUCGUGAGAAGAAGGGCGGCUUGAGGAGGGAAGGCCCGAGCCGAGCGUCGCGUCAAGCCCCUCGAAUUCAGCAGGCCCUGAACAGCGCGGGCCGCCCGCUCGCAGAGGAGGAGGAGGAGGAGGGAAUGAGCGGCCGCGAGGCGGGGAAGCCCCACGCCUGCUCCGAGUGCGGGCGCUCCUUCAGCAGAGCCUCCAGCCUGACGAGGCACAGGCGGGCCCACGCCGGGGAGCGGCCGUACGCUUGCGGCGACUGCGCCAGGAGGUUCAGCUUCCCCUCCGAGCUGGAGAAGCACAGGCGCAGCCACACCGGGGAGUGGCCCUUCACCUGCCGGGCGUGCGGGAUGGGCUUCAACCAGUCGGGCCACCUGGAGACGCACGGGCGGGUCCACACCGGUGAGAGGCCCUUCGCCUGCUCCGAGUGCGGGAAGGCCUUCACCCAGCGGUCGGCCCUGCUCCGGCACCGGCGCCUGCACACAGCGGAGAGGCCGUUCGCCUGCCCGCGCUGCGGCAAGCGGUUCAGCCAGUCCUCCCACCUGCUGACCCACGCCCCCGUCCACUCCGACGAGAGGCCCUUCCCCUGCUCGGACUGCGGCAAGAGCUUCAAGAGGGCCCGCGAGCUGAUGCAGCACCAGCGCUUCCACACCGGGGAGAGGCCCUUCACCUGCCCGGCCUGCGGGAAGGGCUUCACCGAGUCGUCCGCCCUGCUGGUCCACCAGCGCGCCCACACCGGUGAGAGGCCCUUCACCUGCCCCAUCUGUGGGAAGGGCUUCAGCCUCUCCUCCUCCCUCCGCGAGCACCGGCACGUCCACCGGGACGAGAGGCCCUUCGAGUGCCCCGUCUGCGCCAAGAGCUUCAAGAGCCUCAAGUACCUGAAGAUCCACCAGGGCGUCCACAGCGACGUGAGGCCGUUCGGCUGCACCGCCUGCGGGAAGGGCUUCCGCAAGCCAUCCGGCCUGCUGAAGCACCGGCGGGUGCACACCGGGGAGAGGCCCUUCGCCUGCGCUGCCUGCGGCAAGGGGUUCACCCUGUCCUCCAGCCUGCUGACCCACCAGCGGCUCCACACCGGGGAGAGGCCCUUCGCCUGCCCCGAGUGCGGGAAGGGCUUCACCCUGGCCUCCUCCCUGCGCGAGCACCGGCUCGUCCACAGCGACGAGAGGCCCUUCGAGUGCCCCGACUGCCAGAAGGGCUUCAAAUCCGCCAAGGACCUGCGGAAGCACCGGCACGUGCACAGUUAACUCCAGCGGCCGCGGAGCCGCUACGGCGCAGGAACCCCUCGCACCCGCCGCGCCCGCCCUGGCUUUUCGGCCCAGCCGUUUCCCCUCGGUGCCGUUCCCCGGCCUCCUCCCUCCCGCAGCCGACGGUCGGACUCCGUGGUCAAAGCCACGGCUGGACCUGCCUCCGCCACACUUCUCGGGGCGAUCCAGAUCCGAACCGCUCCCUGUCUGACAAACGUUUCCCCCCACCCCUCUCGCCACCGUCGCCUUUGCUUUUCCUGCUAAUUGGCUUCAAUCGGCGCCGUCCGGUUCUCGAUCCUUCCACGAGCGGGGAAACCGGUCUCUCCGCCAGAUCUCAUCACCGCGCCCUCCGAAUCCGGCGGCAAAUAAAAAAGGGCCGUCCGAAACCGGCGGCGUCUUUCCCCUCUA